UGGGUUAUUGGCUGCAAAGAGACAAUAUGGGGGAGGCUCAAAGCAGCUAAGGCUGCAGGGCCUGCCCCGUCCCCCCCAGCACACACACACACACAUCGCUGCCCUCAUCUAGCUCAGCUUCUCCUCCUUUACUCUUGAGAUUGGAAGUAUUUAGGGGCUCCAAUGGAGGAAAUCUUCCUUCCCCAAUUCCAAGGGACCUUUGCUGCUGUAACAGGCUCUACCUUCAUGGGUCUAUAAACCACCUAAUGCCCAUUUCCCAUCCAUCUCCCAGCUACUUAGAGAAGUAGGCAGUGGGUCCUGGAGGCUAUUGGACAACAGAGACUCUUUGGUGAGGGAAGGACUGAUAUCCUUAGGAGCAGCCCUUGCUGGUUGCCCAGCAGCAGGGCAACUGGGGACCGAAGAGGGUGCUCUGUGGUCCCCCCACCAAGGCCAGUCUCCUUACCCUGCUCCUGAGCCAGCCCUUCCUGAUUAGCAUGAGUAAUCUGAUCCUUGCUGGUUAUCUAGGGUUUCCUCACACUCCCUGAAAAGUACCUUCUGAGAUGUCUUGGCUUCAUCCUCCCAAGGGCCAUAGAAGUUAAUAGAUUUUUCUUAGGUAUCUUGAACUCUAAAAACACUUGAGCCCCAAGGGAGCCAGGCAGAACCCACUUCCUAGGGAGGAAAGAGGUUGAUUUCUAUCCUAUGAUUGAAAUGAGGAACACAAGUGAAGAAAGGGAGGGACUUGCCUGAAGUCACAGGUGGUGGUUGGCACAGGCUGAAGUUCUGAUUCCCAGUCAAUUACCUCGAUGCCUGGAGUGAUGUGGGGAGGCUAGUGCCAGUGGCCCUGGACCCACUUCCUCUGGGCUGUGGAUUGAUGUUGCUGAGCCAGUGCCCUUUCUCCUCUAUGGUGGGAUAAGAGGCAACCCUCACAGUCACAAUGCUCCCGGGUCACAGAGGUGCUGGGCCCCAGGCCAGCCUCUGCCUAGGAAGUUCCGCCUGGGAACAUCUUCCGGUAGGCACUAAGGGCCUGAUUCGGAGCCCUAUGGCCUGUAGAACCUCACCACUGGCGGGGAAGGCUGGGCCAGACUGAGUCAUCACCUGUGGUGCCGGCCCCAUGGAUGAAGUGGAGUGGAUGCCAAGACAACCCAAGGCCAAGGACCUAAGGGUUGGGCUCAUCAGCUGGGCGGGAUCCUACCUCACUUUUGAGACAUAUAAGAAUACUGUCACUGCUACUGCAAAGGGUUUGGGCCGGAGACAGACCUGGGAGAUCCUGGUGAGCAGUAAGCAUGACACACAGGCUGUGGUACGACUAAGAAGCUUGCAGGGCUUCUACCUUCUGUGUGAGGCGGAUGGUUCUCUGUGCUACGGCCGGCCGAGGACAAGCCAUCAUGGAUGCUUCCUAAUCCACUUCCACCGCAGUGGCAAAUGGACCCUCCAGUGCCUCAUCAGCGGUCGUUAUCUGGAAUCUGAUGGCGAGGAUGUUUUCUGCACCUCCCGGACCCUCUCAGCUUACCACAUGUGGACCCCCCGGCCAGCCCUGCAUGUCCACGUGAUCCUCUACAGCCCCCUCAACCACUGCUAUGCCCGGGCUGACCCCACCAUGGGCCGAGUCUGGGUGGACGCACCAGUUCCCUGCCUGAAGGAAUGUGGCUUCCUGUUGCAUUUCCAAGAUGGAUGCUACCACCUGGAGACCUCUGCACACACCUUCUUGUCCCACUUAGACGGUCUGGUCUCCCAGCCCUCAACACAGACAGCUUUCCACAUGCAAGUGCGGCCUGGAGGGUUUGUGGCGCUGAGUGAUGGAGAAGGAGGCAUGUUGUAUCCACAGGGCACACGCCUGCUCCUGAGCCUGGGCUCUGAUCCCCAUGGGGGCGAGGAGUGGCUCAUCCUACAGCACUGCCCUACCUGGGUCAGCCUCAGGUCCACGACUCAGAAGUUUCUCACAGUUGUCUAUGACGUGGAUGUGUGUGCCGCCUCUGAGCAGGUAACCCCAAUGUCCUUGUUCCAGUUUGAAUGUGACAACAAGAGCCCUACCUUGCAGCUUCGUUCAGCCAAUGGCUGCUACCUAGCCCAGAGGCGCCAUAGGACAGUGAUGGCUGAUGGGCACCAGCUGGAGGCUGAAACCUUCUUUCGUAUGUACUGGCACCGUGGCAGGAUCAUCCUGCAGUCUCCCAGUGGAUGCUUCUUGGGCAUCGCAGCCAAUGGCCUGCUGGUGGCCAGUGCCACCAUUCCAGGCCCAAAUGAGGAAUUUGGGAUUCAAUUGGCCAACCGCCCCUUCCUCGCCUUGAGGGGACGGUAUGGGUAUGUGGGUACCUCGUCACGACACGACCUCCUGCAGUGCAAUAUGGAUCAGCCCGACUGCAUUUACCUGCUGCCCUGCCGCCAGGGCAUCUACCACUUCCAGGCACAGGGUGGGUCCUUCUGGUCAAUAACACCCUUUGGCACUUUUCGCCCUUGGGGAAAGUUUGCCUUCAACUUCGGUAUAGAGCUUCAGGGCAGCAACUUGCUCACAGUGCUCGCACCCAAUGGCUUCUACAUGCGAUCUGACCGAAGUGGCACCCUGUUGGCAGACAGCACAGACAUUACCAAAGAGUGUGUUUGGGAAUUCUAGGUAAGGUAAAGCGUGUAAGGACCGGGGGGUCUGGGACCAGGAGCUGAGGAACAAGAGAAGAAGAGAGGAGGGUGGGGAGGCAGGAGGCAGUUAGACCA